UUCCUCCAUGGAUAGAUAUAGCUUUUCACUGCUCCACUCAAUCCAAAACAAACCCAUUAUUUGUUUAAAUUAAACACUACUACAUAUAUAUAGUGUCUCAUUGUGCCAUAUAGUGUCUGCAUCUUUUUGUGAAGCUAAAUGGGUAAUUGUUCGGCUUUUCUUAGAGCUGUGAAGGCCAAGCCUGAUCAGAAAGUUAUUCAGGUGGUGAAGCCGGAUGGGAAGAUAUUAGAGUUCAGAGCACCACUCCUUGUUAAAGAUGUGUUGGUGAAGUUUUCAGGCUCGGGUAUCGGCUUAUCACCCACGGUUUCACACCAUCUGCCGAUGAACUACGAGCUGAAGACGGGGAAAGUUUACUACAUUCUUCCUGCAACCGAGCCACCGUACACGGCGGUAGGAACCGGCGGUGGUGUUAAGAGAAUAAAAGUUGUGAUAACGAAGCAAGAGCUUCAGCAAUUGUUGGCCAAGCAAGUAUCUGUACAGGAGGUGCUUGCAGGGCUUGAGAAAAGAAAUGGGAGUUUCGUUGUAUCUCCAAGAAAUUGGAAACCAAAGCUGGAUUCCAUAUUAGAAGAAAAUGAUCAAUAAUUGUAAUCUAUGUUACAUGUACAACAUGAUAUUUCCCAUUAGUAUAUAUACCAAACACUUAUAUAAUUACAGAGAAA